UUGUUGGGAUUGGAGCCGGGGCCAACAUGGAGCCCUCUGUGGAACGAGGGUGAAACUGCUGUUGCCGACUGCGCUUGUUUUCCCGCCCCAGAAUGUUGGUGCAUUUAUUUCGGGUCGGGAUUCGGGGCAGCCCUCUCCCAGGCAGGCCGCUACUUCCCUUCCGCUUCCAGACAUUCUCAGCCGUCAGGUACUCUGAUGGCCGCCACAGCUCUUCCCUCCUCAGGGCCGUGGCCCAGCUGCGGUCCCAGCUCUGGGCCCACCUCCCUCGAGCUCCCCCAGCUCCCAGACGGAGCCUUUCUGCCUGGUGCUGGGUUGGGGGAGCCCUGCUAGGCCCUGUGGUGCUGAGUAAGCAUCCCCGUCUCUGCCUUGUGGCACUAUGUGAGGCAGAAGAGGCCCCUUCUACCUGCUCCACACCCAGUGUCGUGGAGUCUCGUUUUAACUGGAAGCUCUUCUGGCAGUUUCUGCACCCCCAUCUGCUGCUUCUGGGUGUAGCUAUUGUGCUGGCCUUGGGUGCAGCCCUGGUGAAUGUACAGAUCCCCCUGCUCCUGGGCCAGCUGGUAGAGAUCGUGGCUAAGUACACGAGGGACCAUGUGGGCAGCUUCAUGAACGAGUCCCGGAAUCUCAGCACCCGCCUGCUCAUCCUCUAUGGCAUCCAGGGACUUCUGACCUUUGGGUACCUUGUGCUGCUGUCCCACAUUGGUGAGCGCAUGGCUGUGGACAUGCGGAAAGCCCUCUUCAACUCCCUGCUCCGACAAGACAUUGCUUUCUUUGAUGCAAAAAGGACAGGACAGCUGGUGAGCCGAUUGACAACCGAUGUGCAGGAGUUUAAAUCAUCCUUCAAGCUUGUCAUCUCCCAGGGGCUGCGAAGCUGCACCCAGGUGGCUGGCUGUCUGGUGUCCCUGUCAAUGUUGUCCACACGCCUCACUCUGCUGCUGAUGGUGGCCACACCUGCCCUGAUGGGAGUUGGCACCAUGAUGGGCUCAGGUCUCCGAAAAUUGUCUCGCCAUUGUCAGGAACAGGUUGCCAAGGCAACAGGUGUGGCAGAUGAGGCCCUGGGCAACGUUCGGACAGUGCGAGCCUUCGCCAUGGAGCAACGGGAAGAGGAGCACUAUGGGGCCGAACUGGAGGAGUGCCGCUGCAGGGCAGAGGAGCUGGGUCGGGGCAUUGCUCUGUUCCAAGGGCUUUCCAACAUCGCCUUCAACUGCAUGGUCCUGGGCACUCUGUUUAUUGGGGGCUCCCUUGUGGCCGGGCAGCAGCUGACAGGGGGAGACCUCAUGUCCUUCCUGGUGGCCUCCCAGACUGUGCAGAGGUCCAUGGCCAACCUCUCUGUCCUGUUUGGUCAGGUAGUACGGGGGCUCAGUGCAGGUACCCGGGUCUUUGAGUACAUGGCCCUGAGCCCCUGCAUCCCACUGUCUGGGGGCUGUUGCAUCCCCAAGGAGCACCUGCAAGGCGCUGUCACAUUUCAGAAUGUCUGCUUCAGUUACCCCUGCCGCCCUGGCUUCGAGGUGCUCAAAGACUUCACCCUGACGCUGCCCCCUGGCAAGAUCGUGGCCCUCGUGGGCCAGUCUGGGGGAGGAAAGACCACCGUGGCCUCCCUGCUGGAGCGUUUCUACGACCCCACAGCGGGUGUGGUGAUGCUAGACGGGCAGGACCUGCGCACCCUCGACCCCUCCUGGCUCCGGGGCCAGGUGGUUGGCUUCAUCAGCCAGGAACCUGUCCUGUUUGGAACUACCAUCAUGGAGAAUAUCCGUUUUGGGAAGCUGGAAGCUUCUGAUGAAGAGGUGUAUGCAGCUGCACGGGAAGCCAAUGCCCAUGAGUUCAUCACUAGCUUCCCCGAGGGCUACAACACUGUUGUCGGUGAGCGAGGCACCACCCUGUCUGGGGGCCAGAAGCAGCGCCUGGCCAUUGCCCGUGCUCUCAUCAAGCAGCCCACGGUGCUAAUCCUGGAUGAGGCCACUAGCGCGCUGGAUGCAGAGUCUGAGCAGGUUGUGCAGGAGGCCCUAGACCGGGCCAGUGCAGGCCGCACAGUGCUGGUCAUUGCCCAUCGGCUCAGCACUGUCCGCGGGGCCCACCGCAUCAUCGUCAUGGCUGAUGGCCAUGUCUGGGAGGCUGGGACCCACGAAGAGCUCCUGAAGAAAGGUGGCCUGUAUGCAGAGCUCAUCCGGAGACAGGCCCUGGAUGCCCCGCAGUUGGUGGACCCACCUCCUGAGAAGCUGAAAGGCCCCAGGAACCACUGGCACAAGUCCUGAUAGGAACCCUCAGAGGUCCGGGGCUCAGUUGUGGGGAGCUCACCAGGGCCUGAGCCUCCAGGAGACCCAGCAAGCUGCAUGUUGGCUGCCACUGAAUCACAAUAAAGCCUGAUCCUAGUGGCUCACUGGGGAGGCCAGGCUCCCUCCCACCCCCUCCCCAGUCCUGCCAGCUACCUA